AAACUCAAAUCACUCGAAAACCAAACACCUACCAUUAAGAGAGAGAAAGAGAGAGAGGAGAAAAUGGAGAAGCAAAGCAAAUCUUAUGGUGUUGUUUUACCUACAAUGGAUGAAGAUCAUGAAGAAUUUGUUUUCAUUGAUGAAGAUUAUGAUGUUGAUGAUGAUCUUUCCCAUUGGGAAUUCAUUGAUUCCUCUGUUACCGAUUCUGAUGAUGCCGAUGAUGAUGUCUCGUUUCAUCGUGGUGAAUUAUUGAGAAGAAACGUAGAGUCGUUUAUCCCUUUAACUUUCCCCUUUCCCCCUAUAACGGAGGUGAAAAAGUCCAUCCCUAUUCCUGCUCCGAUUCAAGAUACUGAUGAUCAUGAUCCAUCACUUGAUGGAUCUGAUGAUCAAGAUGAUGAUGUUGAUGCAUCAUUUCAUCGUGACGAAUUAUCGAGAAGAAGAAACUUAGCGUUCGGUAUGCCUUUCCCUUUCCCCCAUUUAACGGUGGUGAAAAGGCUUAACCUGAUGCAUGAUCAUGAUAAUGAUGAUCAUGAUCCAUCACAUGACGAUGCAUCGUUUCAUCGUGAUGAAGUAUCGAGAAGAAACUUAGUGUACGGUAUGCCUUUCCCUUUUCCUCCUCUAACGGAGGUGAAAAAGUUCAUCCCGUUCCCUGCUCCAAUUCAAGAUAAUGAUGAUCAUGAUCCAUCACAUGAUGGAUCUGAUGAUCAAGACGAUGUUGAUGAUGAUUAUGGAUGUGAUUUGGAUGAUGAAUUGGUUCCAAAGGCAUUGAGUGGGAAAUUUGGAAGGCAAAGGAUGAGGAAAUUAGGGAAAAGGGCAUUCUCGAAGAUGAACACUUCAAAGAAAUCGCCGUAUCUGUAUGUGAAGCCUGGAUGCGUUCAUGGGAAGCAUGGGCUUGGAUUAAAGCACAGUUUCUAGGUAAAUCAACAAUAUUUUAGAUCUUUUAAUUGGAUUAAUCUUCAUUUGAAUUUUUUUAAAGUUGUAAUUAUUAGGGUUUUUAAUUUAAUUUGACAUUGUCUUACUUAGAUGUGGUUACUUUUUAAUAAUAACCUUAUUAUUAUUAUUAA